AUGAUGAAUAUAUUUAUUCUUCUACUUGUUGUCUGCUAUCAUAUCCAUGAUGUUGAUGGAGCUAUGUAUCCUCUUCGAGGGGAAAUGGUAUGGCGACUUAUUCUAUGUAAAUUUUCCGACAGUCCAACACCGAAAUAUACACCAGCAGAUAUAAAAGAAAAAUUUUUAACUCGCGGUAAUAAAGGUAUUGCUGAUUAUUGGAAUGAUAUGUCAAGUGGUCUCAUUAAUUUUGGUUCAUCAAGUGUCCAUGGUUGGUAUACACUAAGUCAAACAACAGCACAACACAAGGCAAGCUCGAGGCAAGCUCGAUUCGAUGAUUGUGUCAAAGCUUCCGCACUACCGAAUCCAUCAUCGGAACGUAUCAUUGUUGUUACAAGUCCAGACGUUGACAUAUGGGGUGAGGUUGCAAAAGUUUAUGUGAGCGAAAAUGACAAUAUAGCAAGAAUAGUUCACGAAAUGGGUCAUGGUUAUGGUUUGGGUCAUUCAUAUUCCGAUGAUCCCGACUACAAAAAUAAUCCUAUCGCACUAAUUGGCGAGUAUGAUGAUGAAUGGGAUCUCAUGAGUGUUUCUCAUGCCAAAAUGACACAGAACGUCAAAUAUGGUUCAGCUCCACCUAGCUUCAGUGGAUAUUAUUUGGAACGAGUUGGUUGGAUUCCAAUGGAUCGUGUUUAUACAUUUGGACAAAAAGGCGAAAAAUCAGCCACAUUGACUUUAACGACACUUUGGAAUCCAGCAGCCGACUAUCCAUCAUUGAUACGUGUACCAUUCGAUCCAUCUGAUCCUCGACAUUAUUAUAUUAUUGAAAUGCGUUUCAAAGAAAAUUGGGAUGCUGCAUUUGAUCAAAAUACUGUAUUCAUAUCCGAAAUCAAACUCAAUCCAAACAAAGACAAUACAGUUAAAAAAAUUUAUUAUCCAUAUCUUCUUCGAAUGCAUAAUACACCAGGAGAAAAUCCUAUUACAUCUUUGGAUAAGAACAAUGUGAAAAUUACUCCUGGUGCAAUCAAUGUUGAAAAACGAACUGUUUCUGUUUCUAUUGAAAGUAAUUUUGCAGAUCUUUGCCUUCAAGGAUAUGUAUGGCGUGAGGCAAUAUCGGACGAUCAUGUAUGUGUCACACCAGCAAUACGAGCUCAAAUAUUGACAGAUAAUGCUGCUGCUGCUUCACGUCGUAAUCCAUCGGGUGGACCUAAUGGCGUAGAUACAUGUAUGGCAGGCUUUGUUUGGCGACAAGCUUCUCCCAAUGAUCAUGUAUGUGUAUUACCUGCGACUCGAGAUCAAGCACAAAAUGAUAAUAAACAAGCUGCUGAUCGUCAAAAUCCGAGUCAGCUUGUCAAUGGACCAUUAGGAUGUUUAACUGGAUCUGUUUGGCGACGCAAUGAUAAGUAUGAUUAUGUAUGUGUACCAUCGGCAACAAAACAACAAAGGAUUCUAACAGAUCCAACUGCCAUUUUAAGAGCUAUUAAACGAUUACAGGCAAAUAAUUAUUUAUUACUAUUGAAAAAACUUUAUGCAGCAGAAAGUGAACAGUACAACGAGAACUUGCUUCGUUAA